AUGACCGAUUAUGAAGCCCAGCGCAGGGCAAACCUUUUGCAAAAACAGCUGCUCCUGGACCAGCUCAAUCUUGGCUCUUCUGAUCCAUCUCAGACCAAGAGAAGGAAGGUCACCGUCGACUCUUCUGUUCGGUCCCCUGCAAAAAGGCAGAAUACAGCUCUGGCUGCGAUCACACCCACAAGAAUAUCUGCCAGGAUUGCAGCUGCCGGUCCAAGGGCAUCAUACACGGACAACGAUCUUAACGGAAAGACUAAGAACACUGCACGCCCCAGAAUACCUCGCUCAAGAACAAACAGAAGACAGCGGUCUAGCACCCCCCAGGUCAUUUCUUCCCAGCCAACACCGACCACCACUCCAACCCUCAGCCGCACCGUCUCCCUCUCAGACCUCCUCGAUCAAUGGAACAAAUGGACACCCACCGCACCCCAACCCGUUCUCACUCCAUCGGGAACAUACCACUUUGCAUCCCACCCAUCCUUCACACCGAACAAAUCCCCACUCACCAUCCUCCUCGAAGGCGCCUUUGGGGGCAGCUACUUCUCACCCUGGCGUUCACGCACUCUCAACCUUACCCUCUCAGACGACUAUCUCCACACGCUGCCUAAAUCCUGGCUGCACGCACUCCAGCCCCCGACAAAGUACCUGACCGCCCAAGCCUACGACCCCUCUUUGAACAAAUACCAAGUCCAGUGCGGUCAGACCCUCUCCGAGUGGGAAGCAUCCGGAUGGCUUAACUUCGAGUUCGACCCCAGAGGCUGGUUCGAAUGGUACAUUCGGUUUUUCCUAGGGAGGCGCUGUGAGGACGACGAUAGGCAGGUCGGCCGCUGGAGAAGGUGCGUGGGUGACAAGGGCAGGUGGAAGAGGAUUCUCUUGAAGAAAUAUGUCGAUAAGGGUGUCAGGACGGUCUAUGCUGAUGAUGAUGACGAGGACGAGGAUGACGGACAGGAUCGCCAGGUCAGCCCUGUUAUUCAUCAGAUUUGUCACCAUUGGGCAUUCGAGGUCAGACAGGUUGAUUUGGAUCAGGCUUGGAUCGAGAGUGGUCGUGCGUGA